CUACGAAGUGUUCUUAGGAUUAGUGCUCUCUUCUUAUAAAUACCCUCCCAUACCUUUCUCACACGAGAAAAGAAAACAUAAAGCUCUCAGCAAAAUCAACUUGUUCUACGAAGUGUUCUUCAAUUAGGAUUAGUGCUCUCUUGUUACCCACCUACCUUUCUCACACAAGAAAAGAAAAUAUGGGAACUGUUCUUCUAUCCUUCUUCCUUUUUCUCUCACUGUUUGCACUGGAAAUCAGUGCAAACAAGCAAAUCCAAGCACUCACCAAUCUUCACAAAAUUUCACAAAUUGAUAGGAGUGACUUCGAGGUUCAUGAGCUUGUCCAGCAAGAUGCCUUUGUUCCACAACAAGAAGGCUCAAAGGAGGAAGAUAGGAUUGUGAGCCUUCCGGGACAGCCCCAAGUGAGUUUUGCUCAGUAUGGAGGCUAUGUCACAGUGGAUCCAUUGGCUGGGAGUGCCUACUACUACUACUUUGUUGAAGCUCAUGGUUCGUCUACAGACUCAUUUCCUCUCCUUCUUUGGCUCAAUGGAGGUCCUGGAUGCUCAUCUCUAGGCUAUGGAGCAUUGCAAGAACUUGGACCUUUUAGAGCAAACAGUGAUGGAAAAACACUAUUCAGAAACCCCUACUCAUGGAACAAGGUUGCAAAUGUCUUGUUCUUGGAGUCACCUGCUGGAGUGGGAUUUUCAUAUUCAAACAGAUCAUCAGAAUAUUCAGCCAAUGGAGAUAGGAAAACAGCAAGGACUAACUAUGUGUUUUUGAUCAACUGGUUGAAGAGGUUUCCUGAAUACAAGAAUAGAGAUUUCUAUAUUGCUGGGGAGAGCUAUGCAGGGCAUUAUGUUCCUCAACUUGCAUAUACCAUUAUGCAUCAUAACAAAUUGGCAAACAAUACAAUCAUUAAUUUAAAAGGGAUAUUGAUUGGGAAUGCAGUGAUUGAUGAUGAAACUCACACUCGAGGAUUUUAUGAUUAUCUGGCUAGUCAUGCAAUCAUAUCAAGCAAAGCAGCACAUGACAUGCACAAAUUUUGUCAUGUCACAGCUAAUCAAACAGUUACAAGGGAAUGCAAAGCAGUUACUAGUGAAGCUUUUGAGAAUCUUGCACACAUUGAUAUAUACAACAUUUCUGCUCCACUUUGCAAAAAUCACAAUCUCACUGCCUUGCCCAAGAAGACAUCUGUUGUGAUUGACCCAUGUAGUGAGCUGUAUGUGCAUGCAUAUCUAAACAGAGGGGAUGUUCAAGAGGCCCUCCAUGCCAAUGUCACCAAGCUCCAGCAUGAUUGGGAAGGCUGCAGUGAAGUCAUUUUAAAGUGGAGUGAUAGCCCUUCAAAAGUUCUUCCCAUUUUACAAGAUCUCUCUGAUCAUGGCCUUAGAGUUUGGAUUUUCAGUGGUGACACAGAUGGAGUGGUUCCUUUCACUUCAACUAUGUAUGCAAUUGGAAAGAUGAAUCUUCCAAUUAAAACUUCUUGGCGCCCUUGGUUUGCCUACGGAGAGGUUGGUGGCUAUACUGAAGUGUAUAAGGGAGACAUGAUAUUUGCUACAGUGAGGGAAGCAGGGCAUCAAGUGCCAAGUUACCAACCAGCAAGAGCCCUUGUUUUGAUCAAAAGUUUCUUAGAUGGCACUCCUCUUCCAAGUCCUGGAACAAAUGCCUAGUUUCUGGUUGGUUGGCCAAGCUGGUUUGAAGGGGAUCUGUGUUGUGUCUGACUCUCUUACUGUGGUUCGUGGUUUUGCCUCUGGGAAGGUUUAUCCGGAUGUCAUGCUCAUUGUGGAUGAUUGUCGCCCUCUAGCUUUGGAUUUGUCUGUUGUUUCUUAGGUUCACAUUAAUAGGUAGCAGAAAAAACUCUUAUGUAAGCUAAUUUAGCGUGUGCUAGUUCUGAUUCGUUGUGGUUGGGACAUUCUGGAUGUUGCUGUUUCUGAUUUUUCUAAGUAAUGAAGCUUUAAUUUGUCUUCAAAAAUAUAUAUU